GGAGCGCGAUGGCGGGGGCGGCGGGGCUCACGGCCGAAGUGAGCUGGAAGGUCUUGGAGCGAAGAGCUCGGACCAAGCGCUCAGGCUCAGUUUAUGAACCUCUUAAAAGCAUUAAUCUUCCAAGACCUGAUAAUGAAACUCUCUGGGAUAAAUUGGACCAUUAUUACAGAAUUGUCAAGUCAACAUUGCUGCUGUAUCAAAGUCCAACUACCGGUCUCUUUCCCACUAAAACAUGUGGUGGUGACCAGAAGGCCAAGAUCCAGGACAGUCUAUACUGCGCUGCUGGGGCCUGGGCUUUGGCUCUUGCAUACAGGCGCAUUGAUGAUGACAAGGGAAGGACCCAUGAGCUGGAGCACUCAGCUAUAAAAUGCAUGAGAGGAAUUCUCUACUGCUAUAUGCGUCAGGCCGAUAAGGUCCAGCAGUUUAAGCAGGAUCCACGCCCAACAACAUGUCUUCACUCUGUUUUCAAUGUGCAUACAGGAGAUGAGUUGCUCUCCUAUGAGGAAUAUGGUCAUCUUCAGAUAAAUGCAGUGUCACUCUAUCUCCUUUACCUUGUGGAAAUGAUUUCCUCAGGACUCCAGAUUAUCUACAACACUGAUGAGGUCUCUUUUAUUCAAAACCUUGUAUUUUGUGUGGAAAGAGUUUACCGUGUGCCUGACUUUGGUAUCUGGGAAAGAGGAAGCAAAUAUAAUAAUGGCAGCACAGAGCUACAUUCGAGGUAAUUUGCUG